AUGGGACGUCCGGCGGCUCCAAUCGACGAGGAGGGUACUCCGGGUGAUGGCCCGGGGGGCCAAUGGAGUUACGGCGAUCCCGGUGGGCAAAGCAAGGACGAAGGAGGAGGACCACCGGCCGAGCCAGGAACUUCAAGCGCUGAGGAGGAGGAGGAGGAGGAUCCAGGAUCGGAGGAAGGCGGACGCUACCCUGGCGCUGGAGCGGAAGGAAGAGGAGACAGAGGAGGAGCCGUGGACGCGAGGUCCAUGGGUGUGGCCAGCCCCGAAGGUGAGGCCGGGGCUGGAGAGGCAAGUCUCCUGCCCGGAGACGAGGCCGCCGAGGCCGGUGCUCAAAAGAGCCGAGUCGGCAGGAGAUGGAGGAGCAGUGCCCGAGCAGAACUGGCCGCCGGAGCUAAAGAGGAAGGUUGA